CUUUUUCUUUCCCUUUUUUGCAGGCGGUAACCAGCGUGAGCUUGCCCGCCAGAAGAACAUGAAAAAGCAAAGCGACUCAGGCAAGGGAAAACGCCGGGAUGACGGGCUCUCUGCCGCUGCCCGAAAGCAGAGGGACUCGGAGAUCAUGCAACAGAAGCAGAAAAAGGCCAAUGAGAAGAAGGAAGAGCCCAAGUAACUCUAUGGCUCAUGCCCAUCUCUCUUGCCCGUCGACUGUGUGCCUGGAGCCAGUCCCGUCAUGCUCUCGCCUCCUCCUGUAGCGCUCACAGGU